AAAAUUUGUAAUUCAUUCAGUAAGCGGUAGUCAUUCAAUUCGAACGCAAAUCCGUUGCAUAUGGAAUAAAAACUUAACUACUUAAAAUUUUCUUCUAAAGAAAAAAAUAAUCGCAUCUUGUUCAAAAUUCAAAGGAUUUUAAAGGAUUAAAGAUGCAUUUAAUUUAAAAACAUCUAAAACCUAUGGAAAUUAAUAAUCAGAAACACAAAGAACUUUAACAAAAAUUCGAAUUCAAAUAAAAUUUCUUAAAAGCUGAAAAAUCUGAAGUUCUUUAAAGAACUAAAAAAAUUAACUUAUAGUGGAAGUAGUGUUAAAAGAAAAUUUGUAAAUUGCUCUAAACAUCUUAAACCAAAAAGAUACGUAAGAUCCAAAAAAAAGGUUGGCGAUCACUUCCAAAUCAUCUUAAUUAAAAAGAGCAGAAUCAAACGUCAACGAGGAACAAACAGCGCCACCUGGCAGCCAAAUAAUGACAGUUAAACCAACAUUUGAUUUUGAAGAAGAUGUACCUAAACUUACGGCCGCUGAUAUUCCCGAGGGUGAGGUGGAUAGAAUUGCGGCAUGCUUCGCUGGACGUUGUCUAUUUAUCACCGGAGGAACUGGAUUCCUUGGGAAAGUCCUUGUUGAAAAAUUACUCAGAUCGUGCCCUGAAUUGAAGAAGAUUUAUUUGUUGAUUAGACCAAAGAAAGGCAAAGAUCCACAAGAGAGAAUUAAGGACAUUUUUAGUAAUGUGCUUUUCGACUUAGUCAAAGAACAACGCGGAGAAGAGACAAUCCUCAAUCAAGUUGCUGCAAUUGCCGGGGAUGUUAUGCUCCCUGGCUUGGGAAUAUCCGAUGAAGACCUGGAAAUCAUCCGCAGUGAAUGUUCCAUCAUUUACCAUUGUGCAGCUACAAUUCGUUUUGAUGAACCUCUUCGCAGAGCUGUCCUUAUGAACGCCAAAGGAACCGAAUUAAUGUUGGAUUUGGCUAAAACUUGUAGGAAUCUAGACUUCUUUGCCUACGUUUCGACAUCAUAUUGUCAUCUUCACAUCAAGACACUCUAUGAAAAACCAUAUGAUCCUCCAGCUGAUCCACAUAUGAUCAUAAAGGCCUGUGAAUUGCUUACCGAUGAUGAAAUUAAUCUAAUUGAAAAGAAGAUUCUUGGAGACAUACCAAAUACUUAUGCAUACACCAAAUCCCUGGGCGAAGCUUUAGUCGUGGAGUCCUUCGAUGUACUUCCAACCGUGAUUCUGAGACCGUCAAUUGUCAUUCCCAUUUGGAAGGAACCGAUUCCCGGUUGGACAGAUAACAUUAAUGGCCCGACUGGUCUACUUAUUGGCGCUGGAAAGGGUGUCCUUCGAUCGAUGUACUGCAACUCUGAUGCCUAUGGAGAUUUCUUGCCUGUGGAUGUCGCUGUCAAUGGAAUGCUUGUGGCAAGUUGGAGGAAUAUCGUCAACAAGGGAGAAAUGUUGAAUCGUGUUGCCCAUAUGACCAGUUCCAGUGAAAUCAAGGUUUCAUGGGCUCAAAUUAUCGAACUUGGUCGAUGGGUCAUCGAAAACCGCCUGCCUCUCAAUGGAGUAGCUUGGUACCCGGGUGGGUCCAUGAAGAGGAACUACUAUUACCAUCUUAUGUGUGUGGUCUUGUUCCACUGGAUUCCGGCUUUGUUUUUGGAUGCCUUACUCAUUAUUUUACGUUAUCCUACUUUCAUGUGCCGAGUUCAAAACCGAAUCGGCAAAGGCCUUGAAGUUCUUGAGUAUUACGCAAACAGAGUAUGGCAUUUCGAUAACACCGAAGCGAUAGAGAUGCGAAAACUUAUGAAUACGACGGAAAGAUUGAAAUAUGUUAUCGAGAGAAUUGACUUGGAUCUGGUGGAAUACUUCACAGCCUGUACGCUUUGUGCAAGACGCUACAUCCUUAACGAACCAGAUGAAACCAUUCCAGCAGCAAAGAGACACAUGAAAGUGAUGUGGUGCGUAGACAAAAUUUGGAGAGCUUUGUGGUUCCUUGGCUUCUGCUACUUAUUCUACAGAUGGUUUUUAGCAGGAUUUUUUGAAAGUGCCAAAUCUUCAGUGGAAACUUUAGGAAUUGAAUUGUGAUUCUUGUUGGUUUUUCUUGUUUCUGUUGAUUGUAUGGUUCUAUUUAUUUGUUUAAGUUAAAUCUAAGUCAAUUUAUGUUUUUAAAAAAAAUGUAUAUAAAUAAAAAUAUUUUCAAUUUUGUUACUAAAAACUUGAAA